AUGGCUGAAGUGCUAUCAGAGAAGCCCAGCUCUGACUUCCUCUUCUCUGUGUGCUUGAGGUUUCACUGUGUUUCCUCUCACAGUGAGAGAUGUCUGAAUGAUCACCGUAUAGAAGAUAUUCAUCUGGAUCACACGAUGAAGAUCAUCCAGCUUCAGAUCUAUCUGCUCAUGUGGUCUCAAGUCACAGAGAGUCUAACAAACACAGCAGUAACUUUAGGAGCUGAUGUGAUCAUAAGCUGUGAUCUUGAUAUAGAGGAGAUUUACUGGUACAAACUGAAGUUACCGGAUCCUCCAGAGUUGAUCUUACGCACUUACAGUAGCACAUAUGAAGGAGCUAAAUAUGAAAACAGCAUCUUUGAAGACAAAUACUCAGUGAAAACUAACAGUCGUCUGUUCAUCAGAAAUAUCACCGCUGAUGAAUUAGGAGUUUAUUAUUGUGUGAAAACUAGUGAACCACAAAAAUUCAGCAACGGCACCAAAAUCUACAUCAGCGAAUCAGUCUACAGGAAUCAGACAGAAUCACAUGAUGCUCCAGAACAGGAGACACCAUGGAGAAACCUGACCAUCAUCACAUCUGUUCUGCUGAAUGUGCUUCUGAUCAUUGCAUUAAUAGGUUUGGUGAAGAGCUACACUGAUGUACCUGGAAGAUCUAAAAAUUACACUGAAGUUCAAAACUCAAAAAUUCCAAAGAGGACAGCAUCGGUCCUCUAA